GCUAGUCACCGACCACCAGAUGAAGCAGAAACCGAAAGCUACUAGCAGAGCUAGCUUGUUGUUGUUCUGGUGUGUGAGGAGAAUAUUUGAGGCUCUGCAGUAAAAAUGUCUUCACUUCAGUGUCUGCGAGAGUUGAUCAGCUAAAGCGACUAACUGCUGCUGCUGCAGAAAUCUUCUCACCAGGCUGUGGAAACUUUCUUCUCCUCCUCAACAACUUGCUGGAGUUCUUUCCAUAACCAGAGAAGAUAUUCUGCGGUCUUCGUGACAAUCGGAGCUCCAGAAUCAGGUUGUGGCUGUUAGCUAAACACGGCUAAAGGAAACCUGCUACCACUUCAGGAUCAUCCAUCAGCUGGGACUGAUUCAUUGUGUGUUCUUCACCACCUGGACCUGGACAGCAUGCACACAGGUGGUUCUGGUUAAAUAAGAAGCUUCAGAAGAACAGAGUGCUUGUGUCAACCACCAGCACCAAGAUUUUCUCCACAACAAGGAGGAACAGGAGAAACUGAUCUAGUAUGGAGGGAGAGCAUCUUCAUUUGAAUAAGGAGACUGAUGCUGCCAGGUUUCAAUCCUUUAGCCAUAAAACACAUUUAAACAAACACACGAGAGUCCACACAGGACAGAAGCCCUUUCCUUGUGAGCUCUGUGGAAUCAGAUUUAGCCAAAAGACAACUUUAAAUAGUCACAUGAGAGUCCACACAGGAGAGAAGCCCUUUCCUUGUGAGCUCUGUGGAACGAGAUUUAGCCGAAAGACAAGUUUAAACAGUCACAUGAGAGUCCACACAGGAGAGAAGCCCUUUCCUUGUGAGCUCUGUGGAAUGAAAUUUAGCCAAAAGACAACUUUAAAUAGUCACAUGAGAGUCCACACAGGAGAGAAGCCCUUUCCUUGUGAGCUCUGUGGAACGAGAUUUAGCCGAAAGACAAGUUUAAACAGUCACAUGAGAGUCCACACAGGAGAGAAGCCCUUUCCUUGUGAGCUCUGUGGAACAAGAUUUAGCCAAAAGACACAUUUAAACAGUCACAUGAGAGUCCACACAGGAGAGAAGCCCUUUCCUUGUGAGCUCUGUGGAACGAGAUUUAGCCGAAAGACAAGUUUAAACAGUCACAUGAGAGUCCACACUGGAGAGAAGCCCUUUCCUUGUGAGCUCUGUGGAACGAGAUUUAGCCAAAAGACACAUUUAAACAGUCACAUGAAAGUCCACACAGGAGAGACACCCUUUCCUUGUGAGCUCUGUGGAACGAGAUUUAGCCAUCAGACAAAUUUAAAUAGUCACAUGAGAGUCCACACAGGACAGAAGCCCUUUCCUUGUGAGCUCUGUGGAACGAGAUUUAGCCGAAAGUCAACUUUAAAUAGUCACAUGAGAGUCCACACAGGAGAGAAGCCCUUUCCUUGUGAGCUCUGUGGAAAGAAAUUUAGCCGAAAGUCAACUUUAAAUAGUCACAUGAGAGUCCACACAGGACAGAAGCCCUAUCCUUGUGAGCUCUGUGGAAAGAAAUUUAGCUUAAAUUCAACUUUAAACAGUCACAUGAGAGUCCACACAGGACAGAAGCCUUUCGCCUGUGAGCUCUGUGUAAAAAGAUUUAGCCAAAAGGCACAUUUAAACAUUCACAUGAGAGUCCACACUGGAUUUUCGCCUGUGAGUUUGGUGGAAAAGUUUUAGCGAAAAGACAAGUUUAAACGGUCACAAAAGAGUUCAUAAAGGACAGAAGCCUUUUGCUUGUGAGCUCUGUGGACGAAGAUUUCGGUGAAGGAAAACACUACGGCUGAACGAUCUAUUGCAGGGGUCUCCAACCUUUUUUGGCCCGUGAGCUACUUUUACACAAUGAAAGUACAGCAGAGUUACUGCCAUAUGAUUUAUUUACAUUGAUACUUUCCAUGUGUGAAUGUGCUUUUGUUAAACAUGCUAUACUUACUAUAUUAACAAGCAUUGUACUCACAAGUUGAUUUCUCUGUAUUUCAGUACAUCAGUAUGUAUGUUUUUUUAAAAGUAUAAGUAAACUAGUGACAUUCUGAAAACCAAAUUAAUCAAAACAUAUUUAGUUUUUUAAACUAAUCAGAUACUUUCAGAUAAUGAAUAACAAAUCUACUUCAUGUGAAUGAUUUGGUAAUUUUUUUUAGAAGGUUAGUAACAUAACUUUUUAAGCACACAGGAACAGCUAACCUGUAAAGCUGAUGAUAUUUUAUAUAAAAUACAAGCUAAAUGUGAUGAAAACACAAAAGUCUAAAUAGUUUGAAUUGAAGUAAAAAAUGUAAAAUCAGAAAUAAGACUUGUUCCUGCUCUCCUGAUUUAUUGAAUAAUUUGUAUGGGGUUUUUUGGUCAUGAAAGUUAAGUUUUGCUGCGUUUAUUGCUGACAAUAUGAAGGUUGGAGGUUUAUCCUUUUUUUCUGCAUCUUGCAGGUUUUUUUUUCUCCGCAGGUCUGAAGGCUGUGCGUUACACAGAGCAGAGAGACAGAGAGCAAGAGACCAGAACCAAAAGAAAUGAUCACAUCACACCAAUCUUAAAAUAUUUACAUUGGCUUUCAGUAACUUACAGGGUUGAGUUCAAAGACUUUGUACUUACUUUCAAAUCAUUAAAUGGCAAACGACCUGUUUGAGACGUUUCACCCUUCAAAAUCACUUAGGUCAGCAGAUAAAUCCCACCAGGUACAACCCAGAGCCCGCACCAAGCACGGAGAGGCUGCCUUUAGCUGCUAUGCGGUCCGUCUCUGGAACUGUCUUCCAGUAGACAUUAAGACAUCUCCCACCAUUUCCAUUUUUAAAUCCAGAUUAAAAACUAAACUUUUUCAUGAUGCCUUCCAUUAACCUAUCCUUGCAUCUGUGCUCUACUAUUUUUCUGUACUGUGUUAAAUUUAUUCUAUAUGUAUUUUAUAUGUAUACAUAUUCUGUGCUGUUUUAUUGUGAAUUAUUGUGUAAUUAAAGUGAAUACUUGUAAUAAAGUGUGGUUAUUGUGUAAAGCAGUAUAUACUAGGAAUGAUUAAUAAAAUAAAAACUAGAAUUGAACCUGAGUUACAUGGUAAUAACAGUUUAAGAACUCUGAAACAAUAAACUAACUUACUAAGUAAUUACCAUGUAAGUACUGAGUAAUUAGUGGACUGUAAAGGAAAGCGCUACCAAUAAUUGUGCUUAAUAUGUUUUUAUUUUUGUGUGCUAUGUUCUGUGUCAGUAUUCUUUGAUUUUAUUUUACACAACAUGGUGUGACAUUUAAACUAUUUCAUUUCACUUGUGAUUGUUUUAACUAUGUGAAGCACAUUGGGCUACCGUUGUUGACUUGAGAGAGAGAGUUCACAAUCAUGUUUUGUUACUAAAUGAGACACUCAGCUGAAACUGGGGGAAAUAUAUAAUGAAUCUAACAGAGCCGUGUCCAGGACUUUUAAAAUGGGGUGGCCCAUGUGGGGCAUUUGUUUAUGCAUGGGUGGCACCAAUGGUUAUGCUUAUAUACACAAUUCAUUUAUUUAUUUACUUACUUUCUAGUGAAUUUUGGAGUUUCACAUUGCACAAUCACCAUUUUUUUCUAUUCAUCUUCUAGUUUUGUGGUGGUUAGCAAGUCACUUCUUGUUGCAUUAUUGCCACCAACUGGAGUUGAGUGGGACUCAAUACUAUUUUUGUGAACAUGAAAAAAUAAAUAAUAUUAAUACUACAGAAAUGUUCUGUAGGCCUGGGCUAGAAGACAAUGUUAAAGGUACAUGCUACCACACACUAUUUUUGGAGUUUACAACUCAAGCCUUUAGUCGACAAUGUAAAGCCAAUUUAAACUGGAACUUAGUGUGGUGGCACCUGGGGUGGCCAAUCAGAUUCUAAGGGUGGCAUGUGCUACCCCAGGCCACUCCCUGGACACGCCCCUGCCUACGGCUGACAAAUCAUGCAAGGUGGAGGUUAUAUGAGAUCGCUCAUGUUAUUCUCAAGGUUUGAUCAGAAAUGCGACUCUUCUCAAAACGAUCUUAGUUUGAUGGCAGGGAAUCCAUUCAUAAAAGGCACACUUGGCCUUUAAUGCAUUUUAGUGAAAGUGUUGUGAGAUGAGACAACAUAAUGUCACUCCAGCAUCAUUUUAAAGUGAACAUAUUAUGCAAAACUCACCUUUUGCAUCUUUUUGAGCUGCAUAUAGUGUAGAACCACCUCUCAACCUGAGGGGAGCAGAUGCUAUUGGAGGAGCAGUGGCUCUACUCUGAGCCCCUCUUUAAUAUCAGAGCUUCUCAGCCUGGGCUGGGUGGGCGUGGCCAGCUCCAGCUUGUUUUAUUAAAGGCGUAGUUCCCAGAAAACCCAUUUUUAAUAAUUAUUGCUGAUAAUAAUUGGUCACUCUUGAGCUUUUCAUUCAGGCUGAACAUGAAAAUGGUCUGCUACACCUAUCUCCUGCAUUAACUUCUGAUAGAAAACAGAAGUUGGAAUGCUAGGAUUUGAAAAGCCUGUCAACUCUAAGUCAUGCUGUCACUUAACAUUCAUGGACUCAUUGAUCUUGACCAAGCCCCCAUAAUUCUGCCUUAAAUUUGAAGCCAACAAGGAAGAGGCAAAAAUUGCAGUUCCACCCUCAUCCGCUAGGGUCUGGCAACAGAAGUCAGCAAAUCCUCAUCGAGUCCCAUGUUAAAAACGCCAAUUUCACAGCAGAAGUAAACAUAUUUACAGCCUGGUUAAAAACCCCAUUUUAGGUUAAAUAGAUGCUGUGUCAUUUAACUGCUUGGUCAAACAUGUUAGUGAGGCUGCAUAAAAACUUGAGCAGGUGCCCAGCUUUGUGCACAAAAACUUAUAAUUCGAGCCUAUGGACACAAAUUGUCCAGUAUUUAUGUCGAUGAUCUUGACCCGUGACGGGGCAGGUUGCAGGGG